CAGUUCCACUACAGCUGAACUUAUUUGCUCAAACAGGGCAAACAUUUGGAUGUGACUCUUGGAUAAAAUCUGACUUCUGGAUGGCUGGUUUUCAAAUUAUGUCUCUGGUUUGGAGCGUGCUGCUUUUCUCAGUUUAUCUGGCUGAAUGUGUGCCAGAGAAGCCAAAGAGAUCCACUCUGAACCAGCUGACCAGAACUCUCUUGAGGAAAUAUGACUGUGGCGUUCGACCUGUUCACAACUGGACCAGUUCUACCACUGUCUAUAUAGACCUCAUACUGCAGUCUGUCCUCGACGUGGAUGGGAAGACUCAGACCAUUACUACAAGCAUUUGGUACAGACAGAUUUGGAAGGAUGAAUUCCUUGUUUGGGACCCGGAGGACUUUGAUGGAAUCACUGAGCUCUCACUCUCUUCUGAUGCUAUAUGGGUACCAGAUAUCAUCGUCGCUGAAUUUGUGAAAGAAGGAAAGUCCCCUCUGAUCCCCUACGUUUACGUCAACUCCUCUGGCUCUGUGAAGAACUACCGGCCGAUCCAGGCGGUGCUGGCGUGCAGCCUGGAGAUGUACGCCUUUCCUUUCGACACGCAGAACUGCAGCCUCACCUUUCGCAGCUGGCUUCACUCAGUGAAAGAAAUCAACCUAGCUCUGUGGAGGAGCGCAGAGGACAUAGCUAACGAUAAGAGGGAGUUCAUGAAUGAUGGAGAAUGGGAACUGCUGUCCAUUCCUUCACAAUACUGGCAGAUCCACCAGGAUGAUGCAGACUAUGCUCAGAUCCAGUUCAAUGUGCUGAUCCGCCGACGCCCCCUGCUGUACAUGGUUGGGCUCCUUAUUCCCAGCAUCUUCCUCAUGUUGGUGGACGUUGUGAGCUUCUAUCUGCCUCUGAACAGCGGUACAAGAAUUGCCUUUAAGAUCAGCAUUCUGCUGGGUUACACCGUCUUCAGGGUCAACCUGACAGAUGAACUGCCUGCUACUGCCAUCAGGACUCCACUCAUUGGUGUGUUCUUUGUGGUGUGCAUGGCCAUGCUGAUGCUCAGUCUCAUCAAGUCAAUUUUGGUGGUGAAGCUGCUCCAUCACAGCGAGAAGGAGGUCAAGCAAAUGUCACUGUCUGCCUGCCUGCUGGACAAGUAUGGCUCAGCAGGCCACAGCCUGACAGAGAGCGCUUUGACCUCCAUCAAAACCUUUGACAUCAACACACCUGGAGAUUAUGAGCUUGAAAGCUCCUUGGAGGAAGAUCUUCUGUCCCUGAAUGACAUCCCGGAUCCUCCCUCUGGACUGGAGUGGCUUCUCCAAGAGCUGAUUUCCCUUCGAAUAGCUUUUUCCCAGGAGGACAGCGAGUCUUCAGCUCAGGCCGAAUGGCUGUCGCUCUGCUUGCGGCUUGACCGCUUAAUGUUUCGCCUUUACCUGCUUGUUUUGGUUGUGUACACAAGUACUCUGCUACUGUUGUGGGCCAGAUGGAGCUCCACUUGAGCCAACGACACACCGAGGCACAGCUCUUUAAAUCCAGUCACUUGGUGGUUAUGUUCAACAAUAAUGUGAUUGGGAAAACUCUUGCAAAAGAGUACUUAUCUGAUUCAGACAUACUUGUUAUAGAUGUUUUUACUAAGUUGCUGUUUAAAGCUGUCUUUCAUGCUACUAAAACACUGUAGUAACAAAUCUCUGGAAUUUUCAAACAUCUUUUUUUAAAUGACCAGGGUAGCAGUUGUAAGCCUAUCUCUGAACUUUUUAUUGCUAAAAUUCUUGAAAGGGUGGUUGCACAACAACUUUUAGAUCCACUCAUUGACCUAUUAAACAAAAUUCAGUCUGUAUUUAUUACA